AUGUCGUUUUGUAAAAUCUCAAACGCAAUAUAUCCAAGAGAUUUCACCGAUGACUUAAAGAAUACAGGCAAAAGUUUUAAAAAUUGGAACUCAUGUAUGAAUGAUAAAGCCUGUAAGAUCAUCGCUAUUGUCGGGAUCGUCCUUGCAGUGAUUGUCGGAUUAUGGUUGAUUGGUGGUCUCCUCACAUGUUUCAGACAAGGUGUCACCGGUAUUGCCGAAUUCUGUUGUUGGUGUUGUCAUUGGAAUGAUAAUAGAAACAAUAAUAAUCCAAACAUGAUGAUGAAUAAUAAUGGGUAUGCUCCUCCAGGGAUGCCAAAUAACAACGGAUAUCAACCAGCACCAGACAUCGUCUAUCAACCUAUAAGAUACCCUGAGUCUGCAUAUUAUGCUAACAAUGACAAUGGAAAAGAUGCGUAUUAUGACGAAGGAGCUACUAAUGGGAAGAGUAAUAAAGAUAGUGAGGUGUUUGAAAUGGAACAAGAUUUCGAUCUCGAGGGUCAAAGACGCAAGAGUCUCAAGAGACAAAAUAAGAACGUGGUCUAUGAUUUGGAAUCUGAGGAUCCCGUAAGAGAUUCAUUUGUUAACAAUGCAGGGUCUACAACUUAUUUAAACAGUAACUAUACUACUUCUGCAACGCAUUUGGACCAUACUCCAGGUACAUUAAAUAAUAAUAGCAAUGUUAAUAUUGGUCAAUCUAGACCAUACCCUGAGGAUUCAUACUUCCAAACGGAUCCAUAUGGGCCAAACCAAUACAAUAAUAAUUCAAAUGGUCACAAUACAGGAUACUAUUACUAA